UUUUAUCGUAUUUACAGAUACGAGAAUGGAGUUAGACAGUAACAUUAAACAUGGAAAUCCCAUGUAUUAUCCAGUACUUUCGAUUAUGGCUUGUAAAGCAGUUUACAAUAAUAUUGCUUAUAGCCAAACUUUAAUUGAAGAUCAAUGGAAGAUGGAGUUCUUGGGAUUUAAAAAUUACUGGAAUGAUUUCUUGCAAAGUGCUGAAACACAAGUUGUGAUGUUUCGAGACAAGGGUGUUGACCACGACACCAUCGUCGUCUGCUUCAGAGGGACACAAAAGUUUAACACCGAGGAUUGGUGCUCGGACGUGGAUUUGUCUUGGUUCGAGUUCCCCCACUUCGGGAAGAUCCAUAGCGGUUUCUCGAAAGCCUUGGGGAUGCAAAGUGGUGCAGGUUGGGCGAAACAAGUGGUGUCCGAUUCGACCCACGGUCCACGCCGAGCACCGUUGGCUUACUACGACAUAAGGAAUACGUUGAAAGACCUCCUGCAAAAUAACCCUUGAUCAUGAGCCAAAGUUAUAGUGACGGGACACAGUCUGGGCGGCGCGUUGGCUGCUAUUUUCCCGGCGAUCUUGUUUUACCACGACGAGCAGAUGUUGCUGGAGAGAAUGGAAGGGGUUUAUACGUUCGAUCAACCCAGAGUCGGGGACAAUGAGUUCGGGGAUUACAUGGCGAAGAACUUGAGAAAGCAUGGGGUUCAUUUUUUCAGAUACGUUUACUGUAACGAUAUGGUUCCUAGAGUUCCUUUUGAUGGAGUGUUCAAGCACUUUGGUACAUGCGUUUACUACAACAGCAAAUA